AUGAUACCAACUGUAAAGGAACGUCAAGCUGGAGCUUAUGAUUUCAGGAAAUAUUAUGAAAAUCUAUGUGCGCUGAGAAAUUUCUCCCCGCUUUCUGCAAUCACAAGUCACGUUGAUAACGGCGUUCUUGACAUAAGUGCAGAUAGAAUAAAGACUCAAGAGUGGGACCCAGUUUUUGAUGCCAUUAAAAUCAAUAAAAGCCUUCAUUUUAUUGCAGUCAGAAGCUUCUAUCAGUAUAAUGGUGUUUCAGACAGUGUAACUUCAACCAGUCGACGACGUCCACCAGUUUUACUAUCCAGUUCAAAGCUUUUAUUAAAUUUAUGCAAAUCAUUACGUCAAUGUGCAUGUGUUACAGAAAAAUUAACAUUUUUAGAAUUACAAAAUCUUCCACUUAGUAGAACAGGUUUAUUACAAAUUUGUGAAGGUAUUAGAAAAAAUCGUACACUGAAACAUUUAUCUUUUGAAGGUUCUUCCAUAAAUGAUGAUGGUCUUGAAGAAAUUUGCCGAGUUUUACGUCAUGUCCCAAAUAUUUCAACUCUUAAUUUAACAUCAUGUAAUUUGUCAAAGGAUGGAAUAUCUGCAUUGACUGUACUCAUCAAUUAUCAAGCAAUGCAAAGACAUAAUGCCGCUUGGCAAGAAUCAUUACGUUAUCGUUUUCCAGAACUUGAUCGUCUUGGUGGAUUAAAACGUAUCACAUUGAAUGAUAAUCCAAAAAUAUGUGAUGAAGGCUCUAUUCAAUUAGCUGAUGCAUUGAUUGAUGAUUUAUGGGUGAAAGCUAUUGAUUUACAAGCAUGUAAUCUAAGUGAUAGCUCAGCAAGUAUAUGGUUAGCUGUAUUGAUUGGAUUACGAAUAGCUAAUGGGAAUCAAUCGAUGACACAUGAUGAAAUACAUUUGAAAUCAAAUAGAUCAUCUACUAUAGAUGAUCAACAUCGUGGAAAUCAUUCUUUAGUUGUUCUCGAUUUACGUCGAAAUCCUAAUAUAUCUCGUGAUCUAUUACGUGCUGUAACAGAAAGGGCACUUAUCAAUUCUGAGGGUAAACAAACUGAAUUUAGUUGGUUAAAAGCUGGCUCACAAACUCCAUCACAAUUAUGCUCUGGUGUAACAACUUAUCCAUGGCCUGGUUUAACUAAUAUGUCAAAUCAUAUUCCUGGCAUUGAUCUAAUAAAUCCAUCCAAUAGAUCUGUGAAAUCAUCAAAUUCCUAUCGAACAAGAUCAAAAUCAAAUAAUUCUUUGUAUAAUCAUGAGAAAAUUAUUCAUUCCGAUGAUAAGAAUGUAUGUAUAUAUCAUAAACAUAAUUUAUCGGAUAAACCACCGUUUAUACCUGCUGGUGGUCGACCAAGAUGUCGUAGUGCGGAUCCUGCACAUUAUCUAGAUCAUAGAACACAUCAUAAAUGUAAUGUAGACUUACAUAAAAAGCAUACUCGUCAUUUACAUUGUUCCGAUUCUGGGCAGCCUCUAAGUGAACGAGCAGUAUGGAAACCACCUGGUGUGGCUAAAACUAUUCAGAAAGUAUAUUAUAGUCGACCAACUACUCCAUUAUCAAGUCGAACAAGUUUUAGUGGAGGAAUACCGUGGAGGACUGCUGCAAGAGCAUCACGCUCUCGAGGUUAUCCAAAUUUUCAAUGUCCAGGUAAAACAUGUCUUGAAUCACGUGCUCUACAUUUGGAUUAUAAUCUUGUCAAUAAACAAUCAUCAAAUGUCAAUAAUAUAAAUCACAAUGUCAAUAAAUCUGUUAUUCUUCCAUGUGCAAAGACCUUGAAUAGGGUUGUUGUUGAUGGAUGUCAUUGCCAACAUCAUCAUCAUUAUCAUCAACCACAAACACAACAACAACAUCUUGGACAUAACCGACAAAAAUCAUGUUCAAAGAUCAAUUCCAGGAUAAGUUCCCCAGAAUUAUCAGGAAUGAAUUUUCAGCAUAAAUUAAAACACCUUAUGACGAAAGUAUCACAACUUGAAAAAGAUUUACAAACGGAAAACCGAAAAUCUGAUCGGUUAUUGAAAAAUCGCCAGUUUGUUCAACAAGUGAAUGAAUCCAAGCAUCUAUUGAAAAUUGAUCAAGAUUCAAUAUACCAAUUGAGAAAUUUCAUUUGUCGUUUGACAAAUAUGAUUGAAACUCUUCAAAAUUCCAAGAAUAAAUCUAAUGCAUCCAAUGAAGAACUUACCAUUCUACAAGAUACAUUUGAAGAAUUAUGCUCUCUUAUUAGUCGUAUUACAGAAGAAGAAAAUGAUUUUAAUCAAGGAGAGAAACAAAUUCAAGAUAUAUUAGAAAAUGUCAAUAAAAAGCAUUCGUCUACUUAUUGCAAUGAAAUAAGUAGUAUCAAAAAGAAUAAACAAUUAAAUAAAAUAGAAAAAUGUAUGAAUCAUACUAAACAUUCAUUUAAACAUAAACCUAUUGUACACAAUCAUGAACAAUGUAAUAAUAAACAUGUAAAAGGACAUAUUCAAUGGAAAACAAUAGCUAAAACACGUGCUGUACAAACAGAAAGUUCACAGAGUCCACAGAAAAUUAAUGAAAAGUUAAUGGAUAAUCGAAAAAUCAUACAAAAUAGAUAUGAAGUAUCCGAUCCGUAUAUUGAAUGGAUUCCUUCUACAUGUACAAAUACAACUACUCAUACCAAUAUCAAAGGUACUAUGUCGAAUUCAUAUCAUGAUAAUGAUAAUAAUAAUAUCAUCAAUAAUACCAAAGUAAUUCCUCUACACUCAGAAGAUGAACAGGAACAAAGUCAAAUAACUAGCAACACAUCUAUCAACAGUGAUAAGAAUAAUCUAUGGAUUAAGAACCAUGAAACCAUUAAUCACAAGAAUGGCAUUGAUGAUCAUAACAGUAAUCUUGAACAUCAAUAUUGUCGUUUAGAUAAAAAUGCUGCUGAUCAUCAUCAUCAUCACCAUCAUCAUUCUUCAAUGAAUUCUACGGAACAACUAAUUGAUAAUUUAGAAAUUUUUAAGAAAAGUUCACAAAUAGAUCAAAUGUUUGCUGAAUUGAAAGCAGCUACAAUAAUUGGUACAUAUUCAAAUGAUGAUAAUGAUAAUAAUAAUGAUACGAAGAAUCAAUUACUGGAUAAUAAACCGAUGAAUAGGUGUAUACCAAAAGUGAAAAGUAUUGAAAUAUGUGAUAAAAAUGAAGUAUCAAUAUUAAACGAUUCAAAUAGUUCACCAAGUAUCUCCAAUGUUUCCAACAUUCAAAACAUUAACUCUAAUAAGAAUUCAAACACAAUUGAGGAUAAUGAUGAAUUGAUUGAUAAACAAGUGGAUAAUACCAAUCAAAAAACAACAACAAAGAAACCAUUAACUAAUCAGAAAUCUAAUGAAUUCAAUCAUCCAUUGAACAUUGAAACGAAUCACUUGAACAAAUGCAGUUUGAAUAAAUCAAAUCAAUUUCUUCACAAUGAAAGCGACUACCUCAUUGAGAAUACAAUUUGUAAUGAUGAAAAAACUAUUCAGACAAAUAAUAAUGAUGAUCACAACAUCAAUACUACUGAUAAUAAUAAUAGUGUAAACAAUUCAGAUGAUGAGUUAUUCGAUGAGUUGAUCAGGGAUAAUAUCGAUUCCCCAAUUUCCAAUCCCACAGACUAUGAUGUAAACUCUGUAGAUUAUGAUGACGAUGAUGAUCAGUUAUCAUCAACCAGUACAAGUUUAUUGUUGGACAAUUCAAAUCCAAUUUAUCAAUCAACAAAUAAUUCAUUAAUAUCAACUGAAAAUUGA